UCCUGUCUGAGCGUGCUUCUGUUGUGGUGGAACUUGUGCGUUACUGGUUACACGGUUACGAAUACACGGUUACGAAUACACGAACUUUCAGAUUUUGCUUGGCUGGUGAUCUAGGGGCGUGCUGGCCAGUCGCAAGGAGCAUCCCUGCGCCGUUGUCAAUCAACAUGGGGGAGAGUCUUCUUUACUACACCCUGUUGGUACCGCUCACGCUACCAGUGGCGAUGUUCUUCAUGUUCUGGGCAUGGAUGGGCUUUCAGGCUGUGAUCAAUAACUGAAGCCAGCAUGGAUCCUGGUGGUGCCGCCAGCAUUGGAGCACUGUUGGCUGGUGAGCAGCAGGGCAGUGACACUGCAGCAGCCAGGAUGGGAACAGCAGAGGAGGGCUUGUUGUGGGCGGCUGACGUCAAAGUGGUGUCGGACCAGGCAUCUGAGCUUCAUGGCCUUGACAUAUCGGUGUACAACCAGGCUGAUUUGGAGCAGGGUGUUCUGGAGGAGAUGGAUCGCAUUGUCCAGCGGAAGGAGGCAGAAGAGCGUCGAAGGGCCACCGAGAAGAAGCUGCUGGCUGUGCGCAAGGACAUCACUGCUACCAGGCAGCGGCUCGAGCGCCUGGACAAGAGUGUGAGCCUGCAUCAGUUGGCCUCCAGCCACCAUGUCUCGCCAGCCAUCUUCACCAUGCGCAGGGACAGGGACGACAAGAUGGAGGAGCUGAGGAAGCUGGAAGCUGAGGAGAAGAGGCUGCUCUCUGCAGAUCCUCAACAGGGGGAGAUUGGCACCAGUACGAAGCUCUGUUUAGAAGGGACACUUGGCCGAGAGGAGACCAAAGAGGAAAUGCUGAUUCGUACCGGUGAGAUGACACCAUUUGGCACAGCGUCAGCUGCUGGCCACUCUGCACUGCCCUCAACCAGUGCGGGUGCAGAGUUGGUGUGCCAGAUGCCACUGCCUCGGAAGAGGAAGAGGAAAGAGAAGCUGGGUACGGUGGUGCGCAGGGGAAUUCCCCGAGCACAGACAUCGCGCAGCAGCCUGCUGGAUGAGGAAUUCCUUCUGGAUCCUGAAUUGAGCGACUGUGAGGAUGCUGCUGGGCAGUCUGACGAUGAUGAUGAUGAGUAUCGACCUGAGGAAGAAUACCUGGCCAGCACUGAUGAUGAUGGUUGCGAGGACUUGCCCGUCAUAAAAGAGAGGAAGGGGCGACAAGCCAAGAGGGCGACCAGCAGACGGGCCGAAGAAUCGCCUAAGAAGAAGCGUCUCAAGAAGCUCACAGACGAUGGGAAUUAUGCGACCUACCUCAAGAGGCUCAAGAAACACCGCCACCAGAAGCUUGUGGAGAAGCAUAGGAGAAUCAUGGAGGAUGAGGAAAAUGACUCCACUUCUGAGAGCACCUUUGAGGUGGAUGAUGAAUUCCGUGUGCCCAAGGUGAUCUGGAGCAAAUUGUACAGGUACCAGCAGACCGGUGUGCGCUGGCUGUGGGAGCUGCACAGGCAAGGCUGUGGGGGCAUUGUGGGAGACGAGAUGGGCCUGGGCAAGACCAUCCAGACCAUUGCCUUCCUGGCGGGCCUGAGGCACAGCCGUCUGCGCACCCCUGGUGACAGGUUCACGGGUCUGGGUCCUGUCCUGUUGGUGUGCCCGACCACAGUGAUGCAUCAGUGGGUGCGCGAGUUCCACUGCUGGUGCCCUCUACUGCGUGUCGCCAUCCUGCACGAGUCAGGAUCCUUUGCUGGAACCAAGGAGUCUCUGGUGAAGCAGAUCGCCAAGGAGAAUGGGGUGCUGGUCACCUCGUAUGCCGGUGUCUCCAAGCUGUCCGGGUUGCUGCUCAAGCAUGACUGGCACUAUGUGGUGCUCGACGAGGGCCACAAGAUCCGCAACCCGGAUGCCCAGACCACGCUGGCCUGCAAGCAGUUUCGCACCCCUCAUCGGCUGAUCCUGUCGGGCUCGCCUAUCCAGAACAGCCUGCGGGAGCUGUGGUCCCUGCUGGACUUUGUCUUUCCAGGGAAGCUGGGCACUCUGCCAGUCUUCAUGCAAGAGUUUGCUGUCCCCAUCACGCAGGGCGGCUACUCAAAUGCCUCGGACGUCCAGGUCCAGACUGCGUACCGAUGUGCCAGUGCCCUGCGAGACACCAUCAAGCCGUACCUGCUGCGCCGGAUGAAGGAGGACGUGCGUACUAACCUGCAGCUGCCCAACAAGACUGAGCAGGUGCUGUUCUGCCGCUUCACGGACCAUCAACGGGAGCUGUACCAGCAGUACCUUGAUUCAGCUGAUGUUGCCAGCAUCCUGGUUGGAAAGCUUCAGGUAUACGCCUUUAUCCGUGUGCACUGUUGUGUCACCACAUCAUUGCAUGGCAUCAUUGCAAAGCAUGCGAGCUGGCUAGUUCCAUUACUUCACUGCAACACCUGUGGUGUUUUUGUGUGGCAUUCACCCGAUGCCAUUUUUUGCAGGCAAAUCUUUAAGCAGUUCCUGACAAACCGUGUGCUGAAGGACCCGAAGCAGCGACGCUUUUUCAAGACCAAUGACCUGCACGAGCUUUUCACACUUGCUGAUGAUGGCAAAAAGAAGCGCACUGAGACGAGUGCCAUCUUUGCUGGCACUGGCUCAGACAUCCGGCUCAAGCGGAAGAAGAGGACGUUGGACUCUCCGAGGAAGGGAGGAUGUGAAAGCACGCUCAACUUGCAUGCCAGCAGUAGUGGCAGCGAGCAGCAUGCAAUGGCUGUUGACACUGUGAAGGACACUGCUGGUGAAAGUGGCAUGAAAGUAGACGGUUGUGUGAGCCCAUCUGGUGGUUUGCCAUGUGCUUCAGACUCACCAGGUAAUGACGCUGAGCUCCUGAGUGAAGAGAAAAUUAGGCAGAUGCGUGAGCUGGCAAGACGGCUGAGCCAGAGAAUUGGCCAGGGACCAGCCAAGAAAUCAAGUGACAAACAACGCAACAACAGCAUCGUGGAAGGUGAGAGCAUCAACUACGUGGUCAAGCAAGCAACAUACAAGCCGGAAGUCAUCCCAGAACAGAGCCAGGAGCAUGACGAUUACGUGCUACAAAAGCUUUUCAAGAAGUCCGGUAUGUGCUUGAUGCGUGCAAGGUACAGUCGAGUGCCUGUACAACGAAAUGCCUGUAAACAAAGGAGUAAUUUUGUCUAGGUUUUAUUUUGAGCUAUGCGACCUUUAAAACGAAGUGACCUAUAUAACUAAUGAUUUCAGACGCCCAACGCACUUUGUUAUGAAGGCGUUCAUUCACCUGUACUUAUUGAAAGUAUUACUCCCAACUGUGAUUUUAUUUAAUAAUAUCACUACAUGCACCCAGAGGGCAUUAUUAUAGCAGGGGUACAUUAUUCAGUAAUGUCAACAAUUGUGCUAGUUGGUUCUGCGUGAUUAAAGGUAACAGCGCAACUUCUUGAACGAGGAUAAAACCUCCAAAUAACACAGACAAGGACAAGCACUGACUUACAGUUGGGAAUAUUUAUGUACACAUGACAAGUGCGGCAAGUUGGGCGGGUUGGUAAAGUUGCAUUGUGAAUGUAAAAUAGUGCUAA